CGGACACCGACCGAGACAAGGAUUCAUCUUUUUAAAACCAGACUGAGAAGAAAACGGAGUAAGUCCUGUUUAAUAUUCAAGGUUUCAUUUAGUUUAAAAUGUUUUUAUUGGUGCAAGAAGUGUAAAACUACACAAUGUGCAGGUAAACGUCUCACCUGGGCGGCUGCUGCCCAGCUCCCCUCUGUAAGGAGACCUGGCUGGUUUUAGUUUGAUACGUUUUGGGCUACUUAAGAGCUUUUGGUGCUCAUUUCUCCCAAAUCAUUGGUGCUGGUCUCAGUUAAAACUUUGACCUUUUAAACCUUUAUGCUAAACCUCACUGAUAAAUGUUUCAAAAUUGACUAUAACUCAUAGUAGAUAUCGUUAGUUUGUGGUAAUGUAGUCCACUGAUGAGGACUUACCCUACUGUCGACCGUCUUUGCUCAACGAAAUGUGAUAUUUUUAGCCUUUUCUCUAUCUUCUAUCUUCUCCAUCCUCUGUUUUUACUAGAAUUCACAACUCCAAAAGGGUUGGGAACAGGGUCAUGGGUUACAGUGAUGACUUUCAGGACUGAGGCCUCCUUAAGGCAUACACCUGUAAACUUGUUGGCCUUUGUCGUCUAUUUAGUUACCUUUAGUUUAAUAGUUUAGACAAUUAGAAAUAAGACAGAGAGGUGUGAAAAACCCUGUGCCGGGCUUGAUCUGGGCUCUCAAUCAGGUAUUACAUCACAUUAGUCUUUAGAAAAGAAAAUAUAAAAUAAGAAUUAUCAAGAGGAAAAGUAACCAGAAGAAGCAGCUUAGUAAAAUGUGAUCAGGACAAAUAGGAUUUUUUUUAUGAAUGUAGGCCUUUGCCAAAAGGAUAAUAUUGUAAAAAAGAGCAAACUUUUUGCAGCUUUUUAAGUGCAGAAGUGAUUGAUUUGAAAAUGUAUUAUACAUUUUUCAGCCAGAAUAUUUGGAGUCUGAAAUGUAGGUUUAAAAAAAGAGGUAAAAGAUAAAUAAAAUGAUCUGUAGGAAUAGUUUCCAAGAUGGAAAUUUCUCUCAAAAUACGACAUUCACUUCACCCUCAUGGUCAAUAAAGUCCCCAUCCGCAGUACACUUCGAUCUUAAUACCUCCACUUCCUCCAUUUGUGUGUUUAUCUUUACACUUAUCAAACAUAGGAGUUCCUGAAAAAGUAAUUUGUUAUUUUUGGAUAAGGUGAUACGUGUGAUCUUUUUACCUGCCCCGUCUUACUGUGAGAUUUUUUUUGCCCUUAUAUGUAAUAUUUUAUUUUUUUUACAAAACCCCAUAUUUCUGCCAAUAAAGAGAAAACAAGUAAAGAGGACUCAAACAGGAAAAGAUUGGAUUGAAACCAGUUCACCCAAGUUACCGUUUAAAGGUUGUUUUCACAUAAAGAAUGUGACACAAAUGAAUUUUGGUAAAAGCACAAAAACCUGCAGAAAGUGUCUGCAUGUGUCUGACGUACAGCCUCAAUCAGAACAUUUUGUUAUUAGACGAGACUCGGCACAAAAUAUUGGUAAAAAGGCACAUGAGGACAAAGAUGGAAACUCCUCAACAAACAUCAGCUGUUAGACUUUGAGGAACUUGUGACAUGACAGCUGGUCACUCCCAUGUUUUGACAUUCCUUACAGAGUAUAAUAAACAUGCAUGACAUGUAAAGACUGUGCUUACUGAGGAGGAACAGAUGCAUACGUGUAUAUUAGCUCCACGGUAUAUGCAAAGACAGAUUCAUGUGCAAAAAUAUCUCUGGAUCUCAGUUUUUACGCAGUUUGACCUCAAUCCUAUCAGUAUUUCUUCAGGAUGUUUGUUGCAUUCUGGUCCUGCUGGUUUGUGAAUAGAGAUUUCUGAAGAAAUGGAUUGUGCAGCAGUAGAGGUGAAGAAGUUUCUGUGGUAGUCAGUAUUUUUUUCAGUUGGUUUUUAAAUAGAGUUGAUGUAGGGAUGUUAUUUUCCAAGCUAACUGAACACUUUUCAUUUUGCUGCUCCUCAAGUGAAAGACAUCUCUCAAGUGAAAGACUUAUUGAAAGACUCUGGGUCUAGUAUCACCAUGAGGUAGGCUGUGAAACGCCCGCACACACAGUGGACUGAAGCUGGUGUUGUGCUUGAACACACCGAUAGCUCCUGCACGCAUGUGUUACACGAGUCUGGGUAUUUUUCCAUAAACACAAAAUGCAGUUCUCCUUUUGCAGACAAAGCAGGUUCUUUGAUUAUGGAAAUGUUUGUCUCCUCAUGGAAAUGGCGGAAAUUGAAAUCCUUCACUUCGGAUUUGAAUUGUAACUCAAGAGGCAAAUAGAUUGAAGGUCAAGCGGCGGUGAAGGAGUUAUGUCAGCUUUUUCAAUCCUUAGAUUACGUAACAGAUGUUUAGGUUCUUUCCUGUUGCCAAAUUUUCCCCAGUUUGUUUUUUUCCCUCAAAAGUAGGAGGAUGUGAUUCUCAAGUUUAGCAACCCAAGAAGACGACUAAGGAGCAAAUUCAGCCCCCAAAUUCAAAAUCUAGGUCGUCCUCAGGACCUUAAAUCAUAUCCUGGCCCAUCGGUCAAAGCUAUUAUAAUGCAAGGGGUACAGUAGCAGGCAGGCAGCUAAUGGAUCAAAAUGAGUCCAGAACCAAAUUUAGCCCCCAAAUAAAAGAGUUCAGGGGGAACAAGGGGCUGAAAUGGAAAUAUGUGCCCACAAUAGCCAAGAGGUUAAAGGAGUCCUACAGCGAAUGUAUCCUCAAAUCAGACAUCUCAGGGGCUGAAAUGACACUUCUUGCCCCUGACUUAACAAGUAUUAGAUUUCCAAGAGCAAAUUUAACUCUCUAAUCAGACAUCUUAGGGAGUAAAAAGUGGAUUUGACCUUCACAGUGAAAGGGGUACUUUGGGCUUUAAAGCAAAUUUAGGCUCGUGUGAUUCAGUAGACAUUGAGGUUUUGAUAAUGGAUGGAAAAUUUUGCCCACGUAUUCCAGAGCUUGGGUGUAAAUCAGGGUCAGAAGAGGGCAUUUAGCGCCCAUGAUUCAAAGUAUUGUAUAAAAAGAUUAUAAAAACUUUAGCCUCCAAGUAUUAAAGCUGCUGGAGGGAGUUAAUUGGGGAUCAAAAACCUACUUUGGAGCGAUUUUAGCCCCCAAAAUUGACAGUUUAGGAGUCCAGGAAAAAAACAUAGUCGGGUAGGCUACUUAAUAUACAGCAUAAGGGUUUAAAUUCAAUUUCUGGGAUGGUAUCAGGUCGCUAAAUGUAAUUGUAGGAACAUGAUAACCACAGGAAUAGGUCUGAGAAUAAACUAAUACGAGUAUAAUAUUGAAAGCCUUUAGCACAAACACACAGACUAUUCCCAGAUUAAUCAAACAAGAAGAAUUUGAUUGUCAGGUUUUAAUUUCCAUCUUUUGAGAUGAGAAGAAGUGACAAACAGAAAGACUCGAUGAAGCCCGAGAGGAUUGUUUUAAAGGAGAAGAGAUUUUAGUUUAUUCAUGCAGACAGUUUGAGCCAUAAAAAAAAAAAUAUUCAAAUUCAACAAAUGCGAAAACCGUGGGCACUUAAAACCACGCCACAAACACUGCUAUAGCAAACAUUUUCCACCUGAGGCUCAGGCCUGCCUGAGGUUUCUGUACAACAUAGGCAAAGCAGAAUUUAAAUAGAAUUUGAGUAUAUGAGGGAGGAUGAUGGUGUGUUUGUUAAAGAAUGAGGAAGGAAGGAUGCUGUAAAAUCACCUCAUAAAUGAUGUUUCUCCUGUUUGAGAUUAUCGUCCAGGUGACUCUAAACGUCUUUUGCUUCAGACUGAGAUUAGAGAAGUAUAAAAAAUUCAAACAUGUAUCUAAAAACAUGCUUCUUAUUUCAGUGUUGCUGCUUUUGCUCAGGUGCUCUGGCGGGUUGCAGACACAUUUCAGAGUAACUGCUGGUGUCUCUGUGGGCUGACUGUCUGUCUGUGUCUGCUUUCAUGGUCCCAACCCCAGCUGUGAGGAAAGCACUGAUGGCUUGACUCAUUAACCUCCAUUAAACAGCCUGCACACACUCCCACAGAUACUUGGAGACUAGUUGACUGGUUGUAAGAUUGUUCACAUAUUUAGGACACUUGUUCUGAUGGUGAAUUGAAUUACUUACAAGAUGAUACAAUAGGCGGUAUCCUGUUCAUCUUUCUCUGCAAAUGUCUCUCUGUCCUGUUCACAUGUUGUGAAUGGAAAUUUUAGAAAAUUUAUAGCUGUCACAAUUGAUAAGUCAUCUGGAGUUCAUUGUCUUUCUGGAGUCAUUAGUGGCCACAUUCAGAAGGCCAAUGAUAUAGUGAUAUGUUUAAUUUUCAAAGCUUUCUAGCCUGUGUUUGUUGAUAUUUGCUGGUAAACCUGCGUGUUUCCCACAGUGUGAGGCUCAUUUUGUUGUAGCAGGUGGCUUCAUGGUGCGAAGCAUAAUCCUUUCAUAUUUUUUGUACCUGAUAUGUUGCAGCAAUCCUAUUCUGCAUCUAACGAAUCAGAAUCAGAAUGUCAUUUAUUGUCAUCAUACUAAAAGUACAAGUAAAAGCAGUGCAAUAGACAAGUAAAAUUAAGGUAGUAAAAGUACAAAUAGAAAGAUAGAAGGUACUAUAUAUACAAGACAAGAAUUCUACAGAACAGUAAAAUAAAACAUAUGUAUAAGAAUAAAAUAGAAAGAUAAAUACUAAAGAGAAUUAUCAAAAAUAAAUAUAUAUAUGUGUUUGAGUAUAUUUUUUUAUAUGUAUAUGGACGUGUAUUGCACAGGUUAAGGAUAUAAUAAUCGACACACGAUUAUCACGACUGUGUGUUGAGAUAAAAUGCAGAGCAAAAUCUUACCCCAGAUAUGUCUGCAAAUUGCAAACCAUCAUUUCAUGGAGUUACAAGUAUUCAUCUGCUUUGAUUGAGUCUCAGUUUCGCUGUAAACAGUCAAUUAUGCAGAAGCUGUCCUUGGGUUAACUCUGAUGAUAAAGACCUGAAAAUGAACCUUUCAUUCUUGCAGUUUACUUGCUUUAUUCAGGUCUUAAGUUUGCAAAAAUAAAAAAAGCAUGAUGCAGAUUUAUAUGAAAUAAAUGCAAGCAUGUGUCCUUAAGUGGAAAGAAAACAAAUCUUCACAUUUUUGUUGAACAAAGGAUAGAUCAGUUAUCUCUAAAGCAUUCAAUUUAGUCAGAAAAUCUAAACGCUGACCUGAUAAACACUAAACAGUUAUUUGUACCAACACUGUUAUUUGCAGUCUUUGUGAAAUUAAAAAGUUCCCGAUGAGCUUUGCCUAGCACAGAGGCUUUCAACUUGUCUAGCUGUCCCCUCCCAGUCUUAUCAUGGAAUCCAUGGUUGUUGGGGCUCUAUCGACUAAAAUAACAGAUUAAUACCAAAAAACUGGGUUUAUGUUUGCUGGGCUUUCGGGCAGUUUCAUGUAGCUACACCCCCUUACUGGAUAAAGAAAUAAUCUGAAAGAAUGUGCGGUAGGAAAAACACCAACUAAAUAAUGACCCUAUUCAUCUGGACUUUCUAUUCUUGAAAAAGAUGCACACAGAGUGGAGGACAGCUGGUUUGUGUGUUUGUCUGCAUGUAGAGUCGCAGUGUUAAGUGGGAGUCCAGCAGAGAACAGGCAGUCGUUGUUCCUUUUUGUUUCUCACCUGUUGAUUACAGAUAGAUCAGCCCAGGGCUCAGAGGGAUUCCCCUCAGGUGCUGCAGAAACCCGACCCUGCAUUAAUCUCCCUGAUAGCAUCUUUUCUCGCACAGCCGAGUCGCUCAGUACCCGACACCGAUACGUUCUCCUCUGCCGUGGCCCAGAUCCGGGUCAUGCCAGGAACUCGUCCUGAAAAAUAAUGAAGAGUUAAAAAUAACCUUCUCUUUACAUUUUGCUUCACCUAUGCUUGGUCCAGAAACCUUUAGAAACUGUAAUUUCCUCCGCAAAGUCUUUUUUUUCCCCCAUACUGAAGUUUGUUGGCAGGAGAUUAUAGAAAAUGUCUCGCAGACGUCUGUACUUAGAUUCAAAAAUUUUGUCAGGGACACAGAAAUAAGCAGUUUAAAGAUUUAUAAAUAAAACAAUGGUGAUUAGUUUUGCAGUCAUCUAUUUAUCAUUUCUCAACCAUAAAAGCUUUUCAGAGUUUUAUAUUAUCCUUAACUAUCCAUCUUUGCUUCAUUACUUUAAGUUCUCUUGAUUGUUGAUGGAGGGAUGUGAUCUGGACCGAACUGUGAAAAAGACCUUUUAGGGCCCUGUUUUUACCUUUUUUUUUCUUCUGCUCCUGUUUGAAGUCUUUUUUAAAAAAAUAUAUCAUUUAGGGUUUAAUACUUUUAAUUUCACAGCUUUUCUUGAAAAGCUACAAUUUUCUGAUGGGAAACUGCCUCUGGGGACCCUGAAAUUCCCAGCAUGUUUCUGCUUGUUUUUCUGUCACAGACUGUCGUUGUGGGAGUCUUGAGAUGAGGACUAGCACUUCUGUCAGAGUGGAAACAUGAAUCAAUCUCAUUUUUGUGAUUAUUUGUUCUUGAGCUUUUCUUUAGAAAGAAAUGCUUUUAUGCUCAUCUGCAUGUACUGUAGACAAUGCUGAGUCUCCGUCUGUGUCUUUGUACGCCAAGUGGGCAAAAUAUCAGCCACACAUUGUCAUUUGUGGUUUCCUUCUCAUGUGCGGUCAACACUCAGAAAACACUUUCGGAUACAAUUGGAGCUGAAACCCACGUUUGAGAUAUAAAUUUAACUCAGUAACUGAUACCAGUGUUUUUUGCAUUACUUCUUUGUAUUUUUUGUGUGGGACUUGAUGCAUGUGUAAACAGUGGCUAGUGCCUGGAGCGUGUCUAACAAACUGCAUGUUGCUGCUCUUUCUCAGAGAUGGAAGCACAUUCCACAGACUUUAUGUUUCAUCAUUAAAUCACUUUGUCCAGUCAGGGACUUCUUCUGCCCAAUAAGAAGCAUCUUUGUAUAACACCAGUAAGGUGUAAAAGACAAAAACAGAAGGCUCAAGAGUACAGAUACAUUAUUUUCAGAUGUGCCGCCAUUAGUCAACACGGCAGAUAUUUGCCAAUACUGAUGUUCAUCAGAGCAUCCGUAGUUGGCACUCAGCCGUCAGUCCUGGCAGGUGGCUCUCUGCAUGCUUUUGCUGGUUACACAUUGUUCAGGUAGAGCAGAUACCAGUAUAACCAGACACAGUCAACAAACAACUUUAUCUCCAUUUUCUGGAUCAAAACACUGACUAACUGAGCUGCUUUACAAGAAGCAAUCUGCCAUCUUAGCUUGCCUACAUUCGGGUUGUAGGACACUAUAAGAUAACGACAGUUCUCAUUAACCUUAACUGGUGCAGUUAAGACUCGAUAUAUGGCAUUUUAGGCCUCCAGUACAGGCCUAAAUAUGCACAUCCCUCAUCUUAAAUCUAAUUGAUUACAAAGUUAAUUCAAAAGCAUUUUUUUUAAAUAGACCAGAAACUAGUUCCUUGAAAUAAUGAAAACAGAGGAUAUAUGAUAUCGGACUUAAAUGAUAUCCAACCUGCUGGUAUUUCCAUCAUGUCCCAUAGUCUCAGAAUUAAGCUGUUAUUGUGAUAGAUAGAUAGAUAGAUAGAUAGAUAGAUAGAUAGAUAGAUAGAUAGAUAGAUAGAUAUAAAACAAAACAAAAUACACACUAUUCUUUCAUAGAUAAUAAAUGUACUUUUUUUUUCAAAUAUUCAAAUAGACAUUGAAGUAUAUGGUUGUUGCUGUAUGUCACCUCCUCCCCUUAUCUCACAGGUUUUAAUCAUCUGUUGUUUACACUGAGGGUUGGAGUGAUUUUGUUGUCGUGACACUUGAACUAUAAAAGCACACACACUUACUAAAAACAACAAAUUGACAGCGUUAGACAGCAGAAACAGAAUCAUGCAGACCCAGGCUGUGUUUUCAGAGAAUCGUCUGUGUUAAAGAAACACAGGCUCUCUCUCCCAUCCUGUAGUUUGUUUGUCUGAGCCGUCCUCCUUACUCCAGUGAGUGCUGAACCUCCUCCCCCCUCUCAGGUUUCACCGUUGUCUCAGGUAUGCUCUCCUCUGUCCCAUUCCCUCAACCCCCCACCCUGCUCUUUAGUCACCAUGACUACACCCUCUGGCAGACACUAGAACUGAUGAGUGCUGAGUGAUUGUCGGGUGAAAUCUGAUUAGUUAGUUUUGGAAGUGGGCGGGGCAUUUACAGUUUUGUCGAGGAUAGUGAGUGAAUUUGUUUGUCUUCCUGAAGCUGUUUUCAGGUUUGUUUGAUGGCAGAGUUGUAGGGAUUCCUUCCUUUUACAGUUUGGUCCUCCAAAUGACUUAAUCAGAUAGCUUAGAGGUUAGGGCAACCCUCUAUUUUUCAAUGCAGGGUCUAAUUAUAGUGGGGUUUUAUGCUUCUCUGUAAAAGUUGAAGAAAAUCAUGUAAACCAAUUUACUUUUUCUUGUCAAGUGUAAAAAAAACUAUCUGGGUUUGAGUAGAUCUUGAUUGAUUGAUUGAUUGGCAAACAAAAUUCCUUGAAAGCAAAGUCGAAAUCAUUGAAAAGUUGUACAUUUUGCAUCGAUUUCCCCAUCAGGGAAACAUAUUUCUUACAGCAUGCGUUCCUUAACGGUAACAGGUUUCUAAAGAGUGUAGAGAUGACAGGAGGAGUGACGCAGCACUUUUGUUAAGGCUGUGUACUCUUUUGGCGUGGCACCUUGUUCGACAUGUUGACAACAUUGACAUCAGGUGUCCUCAUCUGAAGAUAAAUGCUCAUGCGUGUUUUUUGUGAUCUUAAGUCAAAUGGGUGCAGAAACAUGCUACUGGAUAUCUGACUCAAGAGUUCUGGCUACUGCUGUUAACAAACAUUUUCAAAAGCUCUCUUUUUUUGGGAAUGAAACAGUGAAUUACUGUCUUGUUUUUAGUUAAAGUUCCUGUGGAAGUUGGCGUCCAUUGUGGACAAAGCCGUCUCUGCUUAUCUUAUCCUCUACAUGCUUACAAAGCGUCUUCUUUCAGAGAAAUGUUAUCACGAUUUGACUGAUGACAGUCAAAUGUCUCAUUCACUGUCAAAACUUAAAGAGGAAAUUGUAAAAACACAUUAGUUUCUUCAGCUGCUUGGCUGACACCUGCCUCUCACCUACGUUUUAGGAAUUUUGUUUCAUAUUGAUCUGAGAUGCUUAUGAUGAAGUGACAGUGAGAGCUGUUUGAAGGGAGGGGCCACGCCUAGGCUCUGCUGUUAAGGAAGAGAGGGAGGGUGCGCUUCAUUCAGUGUAUAGGAUGUAAGAGGGCAUCACAGCAGGUAGCACGAUACCAUUCAGUCUGUAUCAUGUUUUUUAUGAUCGUAGGGGGCUCAAAAUUAUAAAUGAAAUACAAUUAAUUGCAUAACUUCAGUGUGUGAUCUGCUAGAUUAGCAAAAACACUGUUAAAAAAAUGACUUAUUAAUUCCUGUAUUGUAAUAUUCAAUACCUGUGACUGUCUUUGAUUUCCCAACCAAUCACAUUGAGGGAUAUAUUUACCAUAAAAAAAGGUGCCAUUCAGGGUGGGUUUUUGUCAGAAAACAUGACUUAUAUUUAUCUAAAUGAAAAGAACAGCAAACAGAAAAGAAGUUAGAUUUUUUUAUUAUGAGGCUUAAAAUCCUCCCAGAGGUCCUCAUAGGAAAAUACCUGCUGAAUUAUUUUUGGGGUUGUCUUUACUCACUGCUCCAGGUUCCCCUCCCCCAUCUUAACUUAACCAUCUAAUGUUGUUUUUAAAUGUCCGCCCCGUCCUCAUUCAGAGUCAUGUUCAGACUCGUAUAACCCAGCCAGAGCUCAUUCAGUCAAACCAAAGCUUGUCUACAUUAAGACUGUUAAGUUUAAAGCUUUACUUUAGCGGCUCUUAAUGGACCUUUUGUUCAUGAAUGAUUCGAAGUUUGCUAAACUUUGAUCACAGGAUUCAUGCAGAGCUGGCUGCUUAAUGCAAAAUGUUUCAUCACAUCAGGUUUCUGGUAAAAACUGUUUAUUGGUUUUAUAAUCCUUUUGGAUUAGAUUUGACAGAUUAAAGAUUAAAAAAAGAGAUACACAUCAUUUAAAGAAGCUCUACUAAGUGACUUUAGUAAAGUACAGCUGCCAAUGAAGGCCUUGGGAACCGUAUUUAUGGCUCCUUAAUACCUGAAACUGCAGAGUACACACUUGGAGUCUAAGACAAAGCUUGAGGAGUAGAAGUCAUGGCGGUCCGAGCACCAGCAGUCUGUAUCAGUGGUUUCAGCAGCUUCAGCUUCACAUGAUGGCCUCCUUCACUCUGAGUUCAUCUCUUGUUCCUGCUGUUUCUCUCCUCUUUAUCUGGUGAGCUUUUCUCCAGGUUGCUACAACGAUGCUGAUCAUGACGAUUAAAUAGAGAAUCACUGUUCCUGCACGAACAGCUAAAUGCCACGGGUAAGGAGCAUCUGGAGGAUUUGGAAAAGACAGAUGAAUCCCUUUGUUCACACAAAGCUUUUCUGCAUACGACCAUGAGCAGAAAUAAAUCCCAGUGUCCUCCUCCUCCACCUGCAGGAUCUCCAGAAUGACUGAUCCGCUCUCCAAACUCCCUUUACUUCUCAUUUGGCUGUUGUCUUUGUGGAAGUUGACUGAAGUUGACUUAAGUUUAGUUUUUUUGACUGUGAGGAGAGGCAGCAGCUGAUCUGAGCGCAGCAGGUACCAGGUCAGCUUACGGCUGGAUGUUACAUUACAGGUCAGAGAGAUGUUCUGACCCGGUUGGACCACCAGGGGAGAGGCUGAGGAGAGGAGAGCUCCUGCUGCACCUGAGGUUGGAUACAGGCAAAGAAGAAGCUUGAUAGCUUAAAUUUCACAGAAAAGUUAUAAGUUAUUGAUAAGAGUGCCAAUCCAGUUGCACCUUUGGUCAGAGACAGUUACUUGGAAAGGUCCCCAGCUUUUUAAUCACGAUCUGUCUGUUUCUUUGGUCUGAAAUCUGUUGUUUAGUGAGUUCUUUUGAGGCUGUGCUUAUUCUCUCAAAACAUUUAAGAAUAUUAAAUGCCUUUUUUCGUCUCGUCUAAAAUCCGUGUCCCAAAAAAACAUACUGACAUGAGCUUUGUUAAAUCCCCUGCCCCCCAACCACGACAUUCUGUACCAGCAUCUUUGCUGCCUGAAAGGAGGGCAGUAUAGAUAUUCACAUUAACAUUGAACAACACCACACAGGGUACACAAAUAAACUUAAAAGAGUAAAAUAACUCACAAAGCAAGAGAACACUCCAUGCCAGCGCUGCCAUAGUUCAAUUUUCAGAGUUCAAGAUGAAUUUUCCUCAUUUGUGCUCAGGUAACAGACUGGUCAGAGUGAAGGCGCAGUGAUGAGGAAGUGAGCCACAGCUUUAGUUUUUGCAGAGCCAGAGACCACCGACUUCUUUGUCACACAGGGGAAACGGAAGAGUGACCUUUUUUUUAACCUUAAACACCUAACCACGGAAAGACUCUGCAACCGAUGAGGCUGGCUGCACCAGUGCGGUCUGAAAUCAUGACUGAGACACAGUAGAUGGUUUGAGAGAGCUUAUUCCGUCAAAUACAGCAUUUAACUGACUUAUAACUUCAGUGUGUGAUCUACUAGAUUAGCAAAAACAUUGUAAGCAAAAUGACCUAUUAAUUCCUGUAUUGUAAUUUUGACUGAUGAUACACAGCACAGCAAAAAAUAAACCAAACAAAACUGUCUUUGACUUUCCCCACCCAAUCACAUUGAGGGAUAUAUUUCCUCUUAAAAAAAAGGUGCCAUGGUGGGUUUUUGUCAGAAAACAUUACUUAUAUUCAUCUAAGAGAAAAGAACAGCAAAGAGAAAAGAAGUUUGAUUUUCUAAUAGGAGGCUUAAAAUCCUCACAGGAAAAUACCUGCUGAAUUAUUUUGGGGGUUGUCUUAUUUACUCACUUCUCCAGGUUCCCCUCCCCCAACUUAACUUUACCAUCUAAUGUUUGUUUUAAAUGUCCGCCCCGUCCUCACAGAGUCAUGUUCAGACUCGUGUGACCAGACAGAGUGCGUUCAGUCAAACCAAUGUUCUGAAAUCAAAUGUCAAAAGUCCAGAGCCACCCACAGGAAAACUGUAGACUAUCCACGACGGAAAGUGGACACACCCAGAGGUGAGAACUAUUUGUCCAUAGAUUUAACUCCUUCAUUUUCCCCCUUUUAAGAGUCUUGCAGUUGUCCUUAUCUGCCUCAUUUGGUUUGUUCAGGUGUUUGAUCCUUGAAACAGGAUCAAUGAAGCCUCUCACAGGGUAAUGGACUCUUUUCCACAUCAUUAAACUUUAAACAACGGGAAGCAGUGAGGUGCUAACCUGAACCUCAGAUGGCUCCAGUUCACCAGACUCUGCCGUUUAGUUGGUUGUGGAUGAUUCAAGGCCAGUGAGACGAAGGAGGGGGAAAUGAGAUUAAAUAGUUAGUGAUGGUUAUGACUGCUCUGGCAGUCAUAACUGAUCAUGUCUGUUAUGAGGCUUUAGCUAGUAUACCUUUACCUCCUGGAUAAAAUACCUUAAAACAAAACCACAACAGUAUAAAUCAAUGAGUGAAUAUUUGUUUCGGUCAUUCAUUUAAAAGAAACAAGAAAUAUAUUCAACUUGAUACAAAAUACAAAGACCAAAAUUGUACAUGUUUACGCUUGUUCAUUUGACAUAAUAAAACUCACAAUCACUGACAAAAAAGAAUAGACUAAAGAUGAAGUUUGUUUUUCCUCUCCUGUUUAAUCUGCAGUGCAUCCCGGAUAUCAGCAUUCAAUGACAGGCAAAAAGUCAACAAUAUCAUAGGAUAAGUGGAAACUAUUACAAAUAGAAUAAAUAAACAGUGAAUGUACAAACAGUUUCAUGGAUUGGUUCCUUAGGGACACCAAGGCCUCUUUUACAUAUGCAUUCCUGAAAUUUUCAGGAGCUUUACCCUACCAAUUUCAUCAAAUAGGAUAAGGUCCUCCCGGUUGUACAGAUGGGGUAGUGAGUAAGGGGCAUGGCAUCAAAAAACUUGCACUGUUCGGACUUCAUUCGCCGAUGAAGUUGCAGAGAGACAUGCACCAUGUUGACAGUUUUCGCUUUUGUAUCCGUGUAUACGAGCAAGAAGAAGGAUCUGCAGACAUCUUGGAAAUGCAUAACUCUUGGAUAUUUUUAUUCAUAUCCUGUUACGUGUCACUCUUGCAGGUUUGCACCAGUUGCAUGACAUAAACUUCACCCCGCCCACUCGUCCCUGAAGUUUCCUGCUUCAUUCUCACAUCAGUUUUCAGAAGACUUUGCAUAUGAAAAAACAGCCAUAUGUAAAGUUAUACUUGCACCCUUUAAUAAGGUAUUUUUCCUUUAUUUCCACUCUGGUCAAGAGGUACUAAAACGAAAAAGAAAACAAAAACUGUUAAAAGGAUGUGGAAAAUUAGCACCACAGACCCAGUGAGCUCUCUGUACCGUAGGUGUGUUAGGAGUAUGCUCUUUUGGUCAUGAAGCAACCAAUCAACUUGCACAAAUUGUGACUCAUGUAAUCCCCAUCUGAAACCUUUGGCUCAGUAAAAUAUAAAUGUGCAUACAUGUAUAAAUAGUCUCAAGAAACAAUUGUAAGUUGUCCGUCUGGCUUUUCUGGUUGUUCUUACCCAGAUUAAAAAAUGCUGGGAAACCUGAAGGGUUUGCCAGGUUAAAGGUUAUCAGGUUAUAAGGUCUAAUGUUUAUACAUUAUGCAUUAUUGGUGCCGUUGUGCUAACUUAAGUUUCUUAAGUUCAAAACGGGACACCAGGUUUAGUGUCUACUUCAACAUGUGUGGAGUCGUGUUUAGUCUAAAAAUAGACGGCUCGAUUUUUCAGCUUGAUAAAGCUCGUUAAGUCUGUGAUUGUAAUGUCUCUUGAACGGAGGGUGUGCUCACAUUCCAGCGUAUUCUUUCUUGACAUGGCACUUCAACACACACAAAGACACACUGCAACGUCAUCACGUCAUCCUUUGUGUGACUUCUGGAGGGUUUCAGAAACCGGCCUGUCAAAUCAGCCUGGGCACCUCUACCACAGUUUUUUAUGUCCGUCCAUGAGUAUCAGUGGCUUUACAAAAAAACAUUGAGGUGGAUUUUUGUGACAGAAAUUUCUAUCUCAUUAGAUUACAGAAAAGUAUUUGACCUAUUUAAGCAAUCCUUACAGUAGCUUAGUCAUCAGUGUCAGCAGAUUGACUUCACAAAACUGAAUAACUUUUUAUGAAAUGAAGAGAUACAGAUAAUCUCGUUUCCUGAUCCAUCUGAAUCCAUGUUACCUCUUUUUUCUUGCUUCAUAAAUUAUUCCUGCUCAUGGUACAUGGUUUUCUUUUCAGGUUCAAAGCUACAGAUAGUCAGUUAAAAACCUGUCGGACGAGUUGCCAGUGUUUUUACAGUCAUUAGCUUUCUAUAUUUGUCUUUCCACUGGCAUUUGUCCUCCCCACUGCAGCUUUAACCAUAGACUCAUAUUUAUUGCUCCAGCUGGUAUCCAGUCCUUUCAUGCUUCAAUAACCAACUAAAUUUCUUAAAGCCUUUAAUUCAUCAACAUGAAAUGACAUAAGUGAAAAAUGCAGAUCUUAAAUAGCAAUUCUAUUUACCAAUUCUCUGUAUUUCAGUGUCACGUUGUGUCAGUGUCAGGUUGAGUCUGACGCUGAUAGAUGGAGUCAGUAACCAUUAUCAACUGGUUUUAGCCAAUCAGAAUCAUGUAUUCAAAGCAUCUGUGCGAUUAACAAGACAGACAGGUAAUACGUUGUGUUUGAAUGAUGCAAUUAAUAUUAUUUCAUCUCAAAUUUAUUGAUCGGAUCAAAUUCCUUGUUUUUAGAGAAACUUGAGGCGCCAAGAUGAAUCGGCGCCGUGUAAACUCCCAGGGGUCCCUGGGGCCUGACGAUGAGGUCAUGCCGUACAGUGACGAUGAGACAGAUGACGAGUUGGAUGUGAGCUCUGAAGAGGAAGCAGAAGAGCCACCAGGAGCCCCACAACCCCCGGUAGAGGUUCGACCCACUGGUGAGUGGUUUAAGUCUCAUAUAUUUGUACCACUUUAAGUGUAAUCAUGUUUUCUGGUCAGGGAAAUUUUAUAUCUGAGACGGAUGAAAGUAUUUGAAAUCUGUUUUGUUUUUAGUGCAUUCAGUCACAGAGACAGGUCCAGGAUGUUUUUAGUCCAUCUUUGUAAAUAGACUGGACGUAGAAGAAAUAAGUCUGGACGUAGAAGAAAUAAGUCAACAUGUACAGAAAAGUUUCCACAAUCCUUGACAUGGUCUGAUUCUUCCUCUGUUAAGUUUUAAAAUCAUGCUUCUUUUUCAGAGAUGGCAUGGAAGGUAAAAGCCAACGACCGACCUUACCACCAUCUGCCAGAGUUUGAGAAAAAAGUCUUCCUUUGUUUCAAGAAGAGCAGAUACUCGGUGAGUUUCAUUAUCAGCAUAAAAGUUAUUUAAAGACAUCUGUAUUCUUGAAGGUCCUGGAUUAAACUUAUCCUGAGCUCAUAGAGCUGAGUGUGGCUGACAUACCUCGGACAAAUACUAGUAAAUGAGCUCAUUUUCAAACCAAGUUGAAAUCAUCAGAAAUAUUUUCAUCUCUCCAGGACUGUCAUUGGUCUUGUUUCUUUUGAGAUCAACCAGCAGAAGAAAAAAAACUUGCUUUAAAGUAAAGUGAGUAAAAGACAAGGGGAGAGAGAACUCGGUUAAUGUUUGCUGAAUAACUUGGUAUCAAAAGUCUAGAGGUGUAUGUGUCAUACUCAGUAGCUAGCUUGGCUCUGAUAAAGUUUAAGAUUGUCUAAUCAGCGCCGUGGCAUAUACUGAUCAACAGGUGAUCUGUUGAGUUUUGCUAACAUAGUCUGAGUCAAUAGAGACCUGAUUACUCAAAGAAAGAAAGAAAUUUUGUUCUUUUUUAGUGGGUUAAUACAAAUUUCACAUUCACAACAACAUUUUCCACCCAUUGAAACGAGAUGUUCCUUACAGGGAAGCACAAAAAAGGGAGGAAUAGAUUCAGAACAUGUGAGACUUAUUUAACACGACUAUGUGCAUUAAAACAUAGAAAAGAAAUGUGCACCUAUGGGUUAAAUUUACAUGAAUGGAAACAACACUCGAUUUACAUGACAAAGUUAUGUGAGUAUAUCCUGUCUUUCAGACUCAGUGAACUUCAAGAUUUUCAUACAGAUGAAAAGAAAACAAAUGGUGCUUGGAGAGAUGGAAAUUACUUUAAAACCUUGUGCUUGAUCUGGAACUUAAGUGUGGAGUUUUAGUUGCUCGAUCCAAUAGGAAAACUGUUGUAGUUCCCUUUGAGUUGAAUUGGAAACCUGUCAUGCCAAAAAGAUCUCACCAAUAAAAGUCAAAGUGUCUUGCAAGAAUGAUCAGCAUUAGACAAAAAACUAUGGGCUGAGUCUGAUACAACUGGAUUCAUAUCUGUCAAUACAGGAUCUCUUAGGUACCAUAAACAUGACGCACAUCACCAAUGAGGGACCUGCCGUGCUAAAUAAAUAGUUUAGCUCCUGUUUUAUUCCACCCUUCAGAUGUUUUUGUUUCUGCUGAGUCAUCCCUCAUAGAAAGUGAUUUACAGUUGGUUAGCACAGUCAUGUUUUACACAGUGACAGAAUGACAGAUGUCGAUGGAAGUUAAGAUAAAGUUGAACACUUGCGAAGCUUGUUUAGAUAAGUUUGUGAACAUUUUAGGUCUGUAAUUCAGCUCUUUUCUUAAGUCAUUCUGUCUACCAAGUGCAAUCAAAUGACUUAGAGUACCUUUCCUCUGUUUUCGAACACUCACCAAAGAGUGCUGACUUUGUCUUGUGAGCAGCUGGUGAACAGAGGAGUGUCUUUUUCUGUGUCUGAAGCUUUGUGUCGUCAGUCUUUGUGGCGGCUGAAACCUGAUCAACCAGCCGAGCCGACCUGUAUGUCUCUAAUAGACACAUUAGACACUGUGGGACUGAGAUCUGAACAUGUCAGGGACGGUCUCAGUAGUCAGCUUCAGGAUGAGAGUCCUAGAUCCAGCAGGAUCAUGCAGAGAGAAGAUAGAAAAUGUAAUGUGUGUUUUUAUUCUGCCUGUCAUUGUCCUGCAGCUGAAUCAAGGGUGUAACUGACCAGAUGAUUAUCUCAAAUGAAAUGCUGCUCCGGCUCAUUACCGAUGUGUCCACAAACUGGGUCACUGCCCACAUAGUAAACUAGGACGACUGGUCUUGAGGUUGCAGAGAAGAGGUUCAAUAAAGUAGUACAGUACACACUCAACGAACACAUCGUUUUCUUGGUUUUGUCCAGCCCUCUCUUGUCACACUACAUGAAAAUGUGACAUAAAGGAAAAACUCAGCGCACUACUGGUCCGAACAGAGACUGAGAUCAGAGGUUUGCUUGUCCUGAAACACAACGCCUCCACAGUGGCAGUUCACUGACACCCAUGAUAACAGACUGACACUGAGAGAUUCAGCACAGAGUGCCCCCUCUGAGGCUAGUCUGUCACCCAUGAAUAUUUCACUUAAAAAUGUGAAAACCUGCAGAUCAGGAGUGGCCUGACAUUGAGAAUUUUUGAUCAAAUUCUCACUUUUUAUUUUCAGUAAAUUCCUAUCACUUGGAGUACAAAGUAUUUAGGAUAUAAAUCAGGUCAUUGUGACACAAAAUAGCUCAAGGCACUAAGAAAUGUCCAGAUCAGCUGAGGUAUUCAGCUGUUAACAUGGGCAGUUUCAGGACACUAAAUUACGACACUCACCUUUGCUGUGUUUGUGCUUCUUCUUUAGGGAAACGCUAUCAAGACGUACAAGUACAACGUCCUCACCUUCAUUCCCCUGAACCUGUACGAGCAGUUUAAGAGAGCUGCCAACCUCUACUUCCUGGCACUAUUAAUCUUACAGGUAUGUCAAAAAAUUAAAAUAAAAUAAAAUCAAAAACUUUUCUCAAUGAUACUUAAUUAGUUUUCUAAAUUCAUUCGUCUGUUAGGUGAUCCCCGACAUCAGCACUCUGCCGUGGUACACCACUCUGAUCCCUCUGGUCGUGGUGCUCGGAGUCACCGCCAUCAAAGACUUGGUGGAUGAUCUGGUAAGAAAGGCUGACUCACUCACAGACUCAAAUUCAAGUUUCCAUUAGACCAGUCAGUUUCAUGGAGCUCUUAAACGCAGCUUCACAGACUCCUUUUCAGACUAAUGCACAUUGUCAUAGUAUAACUGAGUAUUUAUUUGCUCCAGGCUCGGCACAGGAUGGACAAAGAAAUCAACAACAGGAAGUGUGAAGUCCUGCUGGAUGGAAGGUCAGUGGUUACUUUUCUGUCAGCUCUGAUUUAUUUAACAUGAUAUUUACAAUUUUUGAGAUGAACAAAAACUCAACUACUUGGUUGACCACAUUUUUAGAUACUUAAAGUCAGACCAAGAAAGUUAUUUUUCAGAAUAUAAGAUGAAAUGGUUAUGCUAUUACUAUAUUGUUCUAUUGACUGAGUUUUGACAUACAUAGCAACUGUGUUUGAAUUUGUAUCUGCUCCAGGUUUCAGGAGACAAAGUGGAGGGACAUUGAGGUUGGAGAUGUGGUUCGUCUGAAGAAGAACGACUUCAUCCCGGUACAGUGAAUUGAACUGAAUUUAAGCCAAAGCUCUUAGCAAAAGUUUCCUGUUUACUUCACUGACUGGUACAUUUAAAAAAGACAAUUGAAAGAGCAGAUUUGACCACCUGCAUGGUUUUAGAGCAGUCAGCUGGUUGUAUCUUCGUAUGAACAUGACCAACCACUGCAGUACAUCUGUUUCCAUAACUAUGUUGAAUAAGCUCAUUUCAACAUAUCCAUAUCUAUUAAAAAAGCAGCCAUACUACUAAUUUAAAACAAGUAAACUGAUAAGUAAAAAUCAAAGUAAAUUAUCCAGCCAUAUAUUUAUCUAGAACACAGAAUAGAAGGAACUCAUUGCAGAGUCCAGAUCAGUCCACGCACAGAUGAUGAGGAGGGGCAUCUCAUCUUAGUGUGUUUUUAAGUUGUUAAUCAAAGACGUGACACGAAUGUCAGUAGACGGUAAAAAUGUCACUCUUUCUGUGUGCUGCUGUCAGUGCAGGCGUUUGUGAAGGUGACCUUUUCUGCCAAGGGGUUGAUUUGCAUAUAAAGAGGCCAUUUUUACCCCUAAUGAAAGCUUAAUGUCUUAUACAAAUAUGUGCAAACAGCACAAGAACACAGAGCUGCUGUUUGUCAUGCAGUGCAGUGUGGGCGCAUUUAUCUCUUUAGAUGGUGUCUUAUAGUCUAGUUGGCACAGGUUUGAGGGUGCAAAAGCUUCACAAUAGUUUUGUUAAGUUUUGUAUUUGCCCAAGAAGUGACCUGGGCCUCGAAGUAAAUUACUAACUUUCUGUUUGAUCUGUACUUUAGUAAAAGACGUCAUUUGAUUUAUAACUACAGUAUAUUGCCUGUUAAAUUCACCAUGCAUUAGAUGUUCAGCUCAAACGCACAAAGUAAAUCCUGAUACAAUAAGAUAACCUGGGAUAUUCAUGCAUCAAACUCAAUUUAAAAAGCAAAACAUGCACUCAAGUUCAUACUUAUAGAUCAUCAUAUAGAUUUAAGUACGGAGUCUUUAAUUCAUAUUUAUUCCCUUUCCCUCCAGGCUGACAUCCUGCUAUUAUCCAGCUCCAAUCCAAACAGUUUGUGUUACGUGGAAACGGCCGAGCUCGACGGGUAAGACUCACCUCUAAGAAAUCUCUACAACUGAAAUAAUGACUUCAACCCCGAUCAAAAUUCAGAGCUAUGUUCAGUUAUAUUCGCAUUCUAACAUCCACUUAUUCCUACAUCCUGCAGUGCGCUUUAUCUUGCACAUACUGAUUCAGGAUUUGUACUCUUUGCUCUGAUAAGUUUGUGUUUGAUUUAUGGUCUUUUCAAGAGUUCAGUCAACAUCUUACCGGUUGAUCAGUAGAGAUAAAUAUGUGAAGAGCUUUUGUCGAAGUCUUUGCAUGAACAUGAGCUGCAGCCAUGUGACCAGUGUUACUGUAUAUUCUGUGAUUAAGUCAGGAACACCUCAAAAGCAAACAAACUGGAGUGCACACCUAACUGUAAUUGACCUCUUUAUCAGUAACAGGCAGAUAACCUGAAACCAACUGCAGUGUGUUUAAAGGUUUAAAGCCUCUGUGACUUCAAACCUUUGUCACACUUGUGUCACAGUUUGAGUUACAAGGUUGUUUUUUCCAUUAAUGAGUGUGAUAUUAGGGUUGUUAAACAGAAUACCAUGAAUAUUAAAGCUACAAUGAAAAUGGUCAUCAUAGUGUUUUUUGUGGGUUUGCUUUCAGUCUUGUGUAUGAGUCCUUUUUAUUUUUCUUUCCUCUGCAGAGAAACUAACCUGAAGUUUAAGAUGGGACUCAGAGUGACUGAUGAGAGGCUGCAGCAUGAACGUCAGCUCGCUGACUUUAAUGGUGAGAACAGCUCCAAACUGCAAGAGAAGUUUCUUGUGUUUGUUUUUUUUUUCAACAAAACUUUCUUUUUUUCCCCCAAGAAUCUUUUUAAACAAUUGAUAAAAUGUACAGAAAUCGAACACCUGUGGGACAAGCUCAGAAAUUGAAGUUCACAAAGAAUAAAAUAAAUACUUAUAAUCAUAUGAAGCAUGCAUCACCCUUUCACCUUUCACUGUUGAAACAUUGAACUUUAAAGUGCACCUCAUGAAUAUUUUUAAUUGUUUUCCCUGCACCUGAAGCUCUGAUUGAGUGUGAAGAGCCAAAUAAUCGGCUGGAUAAGUUCAUUGGGACGAUGCUGUGGCAGAGGGAGCGUUACCCUCUGGACCUGGAUAACAUGAUGCUGCGAGGCUGCAAGGUCAGGAACACGGAGUAUUGCCACGGACUCGUCAUCUUUGCAGGUAUGAACCCUCUAGAUUGCAUUCUGAAUAUGUCGGAAAAGAACCAUCUUUGUUGGUUUUAAACAGAUUUUUUGAGUUAAUGGAUUUAUUUUUGAAACUCUUUUUCUUGCAUCUUUAGAAAUCUGAUACCCCUUACAUUUGUAUCAGAUGAUGGCACCUAAUACAAGAAAUGAAAAUAAUUCAUGACGUGAUUAUACCCGAAAAAUCCGAUGACAGAAAGACAGCUGAAGUUUCUUUGAGCCUUUGAGACAAUUUUCCUGCAUUUGAUCGAUUUUAUAAAACUAAAACAGAAGUCAGUUGCAGCUUCAGACUACAUAGUUUUGUAUUUGUUCCACAUUAAGUUGAAAUGUGACCUUGAAUAUAUGUCACAGAGUAUUAGGUCAUGCAUGAUAGUGAAUAAUAACUAAGAAAUGACAUGCGAUGUUUUGAUUCUUGCUCUGUUUCUGCAGGAGCUGACACCAAAAUCAUGAGGAACGGUGGAAAGACCAGGUUCAAGAGGACAAAGAUAGACGAGCUGAUGAACUACAUGGUCUAUACCGUGAGUCUGAGUCAAAUUCAUCUCUGUUAGUUUAAAGUUUUAAUUCCAGUGCAGAUAAUUUGCCGUUGCAUGUUUACAAAACCGAUUUUCCCAACCUCUCAUGCAGGGACCCUCAGACUUCAAAUUCCCAGAUCGUACCUUUAAGGACUUGUCUGUUGUCCUUGGUCACUUCCUGUUUAACUGUGUCCCUGCCCCUCUCUAUGUAGAUCUUUGUGCUGCUGAUCCUCGUGGCUGCAGGCCUCGCCAUCGGUCACACCUUCUGGUACGAGGAGAUCGGCUCAAAGGCCUGGUAUCUGUACGACGGUAAGGAUCAGGACGCCUCCUACAGGGGCUUCCUCAGCUUCUGGGGAUACAUCAUCGUCCUCAACACCAUGGUGCCCAUUUCCCUCUACGUCAGGUCAGUAAUCCUUUAUCACAAGAAGCAGCUGUUGAAAAACCCUCCAGAAAAAACAACGUUAACAUAAUCUUUGUGUGUGUUUUUGUGCUCAGUGUGGAGGUGAUCCGUCUGGGUCAGAGUAAGUUCAUUAACUGGGACCUGCAGAUGUAUUAUGCUGAGAAAGACACACCAGCGAAGGUAAAUCACUGCUUAGCUUUUGUCAGUUAUGAAGCAUACAUCAUAUUCUUGUGUCCUGGUGUCAAAUAAAGCAGCACAUCUUUAGAUAGCAAGUGGAGUCCAUGUCAAAUCAGAGCAGGGCUGAACUUGGGCUUGUCCUAAAGACAGAGGGUCAUAGUAUUAUUGCUGAUUGGAAUACAUCCAAAUAUCAAGUUUUCCAAAUGUGUUCUACAGCAGUGAAGGUAUCUGAGAAAUAAACAUUUUUAUGUGUUAAAAGCUGCAUUCAUCAUCAAACAAGGCUGCAGAGCCACUGUGAACGCUCACAUACUUAAUGUCUUCCUACUUAUUUUCAGUUUUUAUCUUGGAGUCCAAAAAAAAAAAAAGAGUAGCACAAUAAUGUGACCCUGAUGAGAAUUUGCCUUCCUAAGCUAAUGUGGUGCUGAGCUGCUGCAGCUUUUAAUGAAAUGAGGACUGAUUUCAUCUGCACUGAAAUCCACACCCUGUGCAUCUUUCUGCACUUCUUCAUUAAAUCCUUGUUGCCUCCCUCUGCAGGCUCGGACCACCACCCUGAACGAGCAGCUCGGUCAGAUCGAGUACAUCUUCUCCGACAAGACGGGAACUCUGACUCAGAACAUUAUGCAGUUCAAGAAAUGCACCAUAGCGGGACGCACCUACGGUACUUAUCUGUGUUGUUAUACGUGAACACGCAAAAAAAACAUUUCAGAGAGGAAAAACUCUCUGAGGUUGUAAGAGUUGCAGCUCUGCUUUAGCUUGUUCAAGGGAGUUCACCUUUAAAGUAGGUGCACAAAAGAUUAAGGAGGUCAAGGUGAGAUGGAAAGUCAUGGAGUGCCAUCUGCUGCUUUUAUUUUGCAAUGACCACUUUCCCCUUACUCACACUGUAACACCAAAAUAAACUAAAAUCUGCUGAAUGCAAAAACCAACACUCUAACUACGGGGUUCAUAUUUAACAUAUGAGACAAAAAUACACUGAAAAGGGUUGACAGUAACCUCCAUCUGCAUUUAAAAAUGAUAUCCAGCCUUCUGCUUCAAAAUGCAAACCACUUUUCUCUGCCGUAAUUCAUGUUUGUAGAUCUACAUCAUUUUUAUUCUGUAAUACUUUUCUCUUCUUUUCUGCAGGCGAUCCAACCACUGCUGAGGGAGUGACGCUGGACAGAGGAAGGGUAAAAUUCAACAAUAUUUGCUAUGAUAUUAUUUUUAUAACAUUUGGAGACUUUAAGGAGUGGGCAUAAAAAUGGGGUCUUUUCCAAUCUCCUUUCCAGCAGAUUGAUUCAGUCACAUUUUCCUCAUGAUUUUAUGGGCUUAAUCCAAAGAGAAGCAAAAUACAAAUUUGUACAUGACUUAACUGUCACUACUUCUUGUAAACUGUCUGUGUUGUGAAGAUAAAGACAAACUUCAGUAGUCUCAGUAAAAUGUAUAUCGGCUUUUGAAAGUAAAACUUCACCCGCCUAAAUCAUCUAAUUAAGUUUUUAAUGCUGUUCUUCUGUUUUUUUGGUUUUGUUUUUUUUCCUGUUAGCCGGUGGACUGGAGCUGGAACCAUCAUGCAGACAAAAAGUUCCAGUUCAUGGAUCACUCCCUGGUUUCCACUGUGCGAUCGAGGAAGGAUAAAGAUGCCACAGAGUUCUUCAAACUGCUCUCCCUCUGCCACACCGUCAUGGUGGAGAAUAAAGAGGGUAAACUUCAACUCUGUAGUUUGUUAGAGGACUCUUUGGUUCCUUAAGGCGACUUCAAGCUACUUUUUAAUACCAGUCCUGUAAAUUCGAUAAUGAUUGGACAUAUUUCAAAAGUAUGCAUGUUUUUGCAUAACCCCUUAUCCGUCUCUCAGGUGAACUGGUGUACCAGGCUGCGUCUCCUGAUGAGGGCGCUCUUGUGACAGCAGCCAGGAACUUCGGCUACGUGUUUCUGUCUCGCACUCAGGACACCAUCACCAUCAAGGAGAUGGAUCACGAAGUCACCUAUGAAAUGUUGGCGCUGCUCGACUUCAACUCUGACCGCAAACGCAUGUCUAUCAUCUGUAAGAACACAGUCAUAGAAUUCAGACUUGAGUUGAUGUCUGAGUUGACCAAAUCCAGUCAUGUAUGCCUCAAAUUUGACUGAAGGGUUAAACACAGAGGAUUUAAACUCUGUCCCAUGUCUGCUUUCUGUUUCAGUGAAAUUUCCUGAUGGUCGAAUUCGUCUUUACUGUAAAGGAGCCGACACUGUCAUCUACGAGCGUCUCUCCCCUGACUCCAGACACAGAGAAACUACCCAGGCAGCUCUUGAUGUAAGUUUUUAUGCCCACACAAAUGCAGAAACAGGUGCUAAUGUUUGCAUGAGGUGUGUGCAUAUUCACUCUGAGGAAUCACGGUCUGUGUUUGGUGCUUCAGAUCUUUGCCAACGCCACAUUGCGGACACUGUGCCUGUGUUACAAAGACAUCAGUGCAGCAGAGUGGGCAGACUGGUCCAGAAAACACAAAGAAGCUCAGGUCAGCUUGUCGGACAGAGAAACCGCCCUUGACACAGUGUAUGAGCAGAUUGAGAACAACCUGAUGGUGAGUCAAAACCUCCUUUUACUUGACAAAUUUCAACAAACCAGUUGGGCUCCCUUUAACUUCACUGAAAGUCGCUGAAAUUUUUCCUUUUAAUGACAUUUUAUGAAGCUUGCAUUAGUCAGACAUACCUGUAUUCAAAUGACUGUAUCUAUUUGUGCAGCUGAUUGGAGCGACUGCCAUCGAGGACAAACUGCAGGAUGGAGUACCGGAGACCAUCGCCAAACUCGCCAAGGCGGACAUCAAGAUCUGGGUCCUGACUGGAGAUAAGAAAGGUACCAUCAUCUCAGACACAGACAGGAGUCAGACCAUGAUCAGCCCAUGAUAAUGUGCUUUUAGGCCGAAAGGAUCUAUGUGUUUGGAUUCAUGAAUGAAGCAGCUUUUCUUCAAAACAAGCAGAGGAUAACUGAAUAAGGUGGCCUAGAAUGGAUACUGAUCUUUUGAAUAUGUUUUAUCCUGACCCCAGAAACGGCAGAAAAUAUUGGGUUUUCUUGUUCCCUUUUGACCGACGACAUGCAGCUCCACUACGGAGAAGACGUCAAGUGAGUUGAUUUUUAAAGCUUUAUACGACCCACAAUGAGGACAGAGUUGAGAUACACCUCGAGGCUCAAAAGACACUUUUUAUUAUCACUCAUGUCUGCUGUGUCUCGGCUUCCAGUGAGAAGCUGAGGAUCCGUCAGACCAACAGGAGAAACGAGCCUCAAACGGUCCACAGAGGGAGGAAGAAGACUGCGGAACCGUUCUUCCCAAUGCCCGGCAAGAACGCUCUCAUCAUCACCGGAGGAUGGCUGGUCAGUUCUGGAGAAGGGAGUCCCGAUAUAUUAAAACCUGGGCCUUAUUUGUCCUUAAAUAAUUUUGGGUCCAGUUGACACAUUACAAGGACCUUUAGGAUGGCUCCAGUAUAUUUCUUUAUCUGACACCUGUGGAAUAAACUGUACAAGCUUUACGUACGACCCUCAAGGACAUUACCAACUAAAAUUGGUUGUGUAUUACAGCUGACAGGCUUAGAGUACUUUUUAAAUCAUCCCCACAGAAAACAUCAGGAUCUGAAUGCUGUCAGGCUGUUGAGUUUACACUUCUCUGCUCAUUUUAAAAGAAGGAGAGAAAAAAAAGGCUGAAAAAGGCAACUUGGCAUGACCAGUGUAGCACGUUUUCUCUUAGUACUCUAAAGUGUGACAUUAAUUAAUAUCUUGUCUUUGUCCCAACAGGUUUUAAAUUAUUAUUUUUUUAAAGUUACAUUACUUUUUUAUGAAUAUCAUAUCAUCUGUUUUCAAUGAGCCUUAUGCAGGGUAUAUAUGAAAUAUAUGGGUUACAUUUCAUGUGACACAGCCUCUGUUUCAUGUCCGGUUUUCAUCUUAUUGUUUAUUGAAACCAAGAGCGACUUGACUCGGUCUUGCAAAGGUGAUUCAUGCCCAUCUCUGCAGAGGCAGACCGAAGCAUUCCCCUGAUAUUAAUCAAACAACUUUGAAUUUAUGACAAUAUGAACGUCUUCAUUCUGAUUUUCCUUUUUUGCCUUAGAAUGAGAUUCUGUACGAAAAGAAGAAGAAACGCCGCCGCUUACGUCUUCGCCGUCUUGGAAAGCGCCAUCAUCCCACCACCCCUCAAGAUGGACAGCCGAUGGAUGACUGGGAGAAGGAAAUGAGACAGGUAUGACUAAAUAACGACACGUUUCAGAUAGCUACAAGUUAUGGUUGCAUGAUGCAGUGUUUGGCGUAUCUGAUAACAAAUAUGGUGAAUUGUCUCAACAGAUCGACUUUGUGGACAUGGCCUGUGAGUGUGAAGCCGUCAUCUGCUGUCGUGUCACACCCAAACAAAAAGCUAACGUUGUGAGUUUGGUGAAAAAGUACAAGAAAGCGGUGACACUGUCUAUCGGAGAUGGAGCCAAUGACGUCAACAUGAUCAAAAGUAAGGACUCAAGCAAACCUCCUCAUGGUCUGUGUUUUUCCUCUGAUAUUUCAUGGUCUACAUUUCCUCUUCUCUCUGUCCAGCUGCAGACAUCGGUGUUGGGAUCAGCGGUCAGGAGGGGAUGCAGGCCGUCAUGUCCAGCGAUUACGCCUUCGCUCAGUUCCGUUACCUGCAGCGUCUCCUGCUGGUUCACGGGCGCUGGUCUUACAUCCGAAUGUGCAAGUUUCUCCGUUUCUUCUUCUUCAAGAACUUCGCCUUCACGCUGGUCCACUUCUGGUACUCCUUCUUCAGCGGAUACUCCUCACAGGUCAGCACCACGGCAAAGUUUGACACAGCAAGUGUUGCAAAAUGAAGCCGAUUCAGUUCCACAAAUGUCCUCUAGAGGCUGUUUCCAAAAAGGCCAAGAAAUACCAAUUACUGCCUGAUUAAAAAUGCGACUUUUUCUCUACAGAAUUACCACUACCACUGUCCAAAAACUGUUUUUGUCUCGAUACCUUCUUUAUUUGUAACAACUGCACAGACUUGAAUUUUACAAACUGAUGGAUCGAGUAAUGUACAAACAUGAUUAAUAAGUCAAUGUUUCCUUCUCCUUAGGUCGCCUAUGAAGACUGGUUCAUUACUCUCUACAAUCUCUGUUACAGCAGCUUGCCGGUUUUACUUGUUGGACUUCUUGAUCAGGUAAAAAAAGGGUUAAUAUCGAGCAGAGCCAACUUAAGUUGUUUUUUUUUAUUUUGUAAACCCUGUGCUUUACUUUCACGACUUCAGAUGACCUAGCUUUAGAAAGCUGACGGAUUGCUUGAGUAAAUCUUUUCAGCUAGAAGAGGAUCCUCUAAAUUUUCUCUUUAUAAAGGCUCGAAUUGCUCAAUGGUGUGUUCAACAAAAUAACAAAAAACCUUGAGAGCAUUUUGUGUGGAUAAAACGUUUUCAUAAUCAAACCACUGCUACUUUGCUCCCUCCAAAGCUCCACUCCACUUUAAUUUUGGCAAACACAAGCAUCGCAGGUCUUCUGUCAAAGCAAGUUUUUUGUUUGUUUGUUAUGUGGGGUGACUUUGGAGUUUGAAAGUAUUGUCGCAGAUCCAAAGAACACAAUAUAACCAUCAAACCAACCAGUAAUUUCCCUGUUCUGUUCCCUGUUCAUAAGCCCCUUAAUGGCCUCUUAUUAUUACAAAUACCCUGGCAUCAGUUGGCUGCUCCUCUGUGGCUACCUCUCUUUUUUUUUAAUAAUGCAAAUCUAGAAUAAUUUAAGAGGGCAGUAAUGAAGAAGUUACCCUGAAUGCUGAUCAAAGUAAGAGGUGAGGACAUAGUUGUAGGUUUAAAUUGGUGGUGUUUGUGUGGUAUGCUUAAAAAGGUAAGAAUGUAAAUCAUUACAUGACAACACGAUGUACAAGGAGUACGUCACAAAUUUGGCGAAAUUCUAGUCAAAUGCUAAACUUAUAUAUUUCAGAGUGUGGCAUUGGGUACUAUUCAUCUAUUUUGCUCUAUGUGGUAUGAACAAUUCAUGUUGGCUGCAGGAUGUUACAUGAAGAAAUCAUACUCAGCAUUUCACUCUACUUAAAAUAUAGAAGACCUCAAAAUAUGACCAAGAUAUAAUCCAGAUUCCUGAGAAAUUAAACAAACUCUCUGGAUUCUUGUGUUUCUUUCUCUUUACUUGGUCCUCUCUUGUCCUCUUCAAGAAGAUGAAACCAAAGUCAACUAUACUCUGUUAAAUUGAUCCCUCUCCCUAUUUCUUUUGCAGGACGUAAACGAUAAACUGAGUCUAAAGUUUCCGAAGCUCUACCUGCCGGGUCAGCAAGGGGCGUUAUUCAACUACAAGAACUUCUUCAUCAGUUUGUUCCAUGGUAUCUUCGUCUCCCUCAUCAUCUUCUUCAUCCCUUACGGAGCCUUCCUGCAGACCAUGGGGCAGGACGGAGAAGCCCCCUCUGACUACCAGUCCUUCGCCGUCGUCACCGCCUCGUCACUGGUUUUCAUAGUCAACCUGCAGGUGAGUUGCGCGUCAGCUGUGACUUAAACUGCAGCAAAAACUAAGAUAGAAAAGGGUAAUACCAACGUACAUGUAGAGUGAAGUCUGGAAUCAGAAACAAAAAUAUAUAAUUUAACCUUUACUGCUGCUCUCUUCACCACAGGCUCUGGCAUUCCAUGUAUGCCCAUGAAAGGAAGUGAGCUCUCACAGCAGAGCCAUUUGACCAAAUAUAACUUAAUAUAUACAACUUAUGAUUCUCUUUAACCAGUAUGGCUCUGGUCUGGACUGAGUUUGAAGAUUCAUAUGAAGUGCAUGGCAUGAUUGUAUGUUUUGUGAAUGACUCUCUGAACUUUGUCCUCUUCUUUCCUCUUUUUUUUUUGGUAGAUUUCCCUGGAUACCUCCUACUGGACCUUCGUCAACUGCUUUUCAGUUUUGGCCAGUAUAGCGAUCUACUUUGGCAUCAUGUUUGACAUCCACAGUGCUGGGAUCCACGUCAUCUUCCCGUCAAUGUUCAAAUUCACCGGUCAGUCAGCGUACAUUUACUGCAGUAUGACAUGGUUAUCUGGCUCGGUUGGAUUUGUAGUCUUAACCAAAAUCCACCACAUCGACUCAAGCUACAGAGAGAAACAAACCACUUCCUUCAACUGUGAAUUUGCAUUUCUCUGUAAUGGGAAUGUUCCCAAACUGAGAGCCCUGGAUAAUCUAGUAUUAAUAACACUUUUUAGUUGAACCUACACUUUUCAAAUGUAGCUGCACAUGUACCUCAAACAUCGUCCUUUACCAGUCUUGGUUUACCAAAGCAGUGUGAAAAAAAAGAGAUCUCCUGCAUCAAGGUUUAAUGCUUUUUCCUCUCAGUCCUUCAACAAAAGGAUACAAGAUCUUGAUUUUGGCAUCACGGCCAAAAGAAUCUAAAGCUCCCUGAUUUGCUGUUUCAAACUUAAACAGUCAGACUUAUCUUUUUUCCACCCCCUCCCCGACUCUCCUGGAGUUAACAUUUUGUGUUUUGUAGGUGCUGCGUCCAAUGCUCUGCGUCAGCCCUACUUGUGGUUAACCAUCAUCCUGACUGUGGGCAUCAGUCUGCUGCCUGUCAUCUUCAUUCAGUUCCUUCAUAAAAGCAUCUCGCCAUCCGUUGGAGACAAGGUGAGACCCCAGGGAGGCAAGCUGCUGACCUAUAGCUGAGUCUGCACAAAUACAAUACAGGAAAAGAUAAAAUGUACUUCUGCCGGAUGAAAAAAAAAGACAAAGGAUAAGUAACCGUGAUUAUUGAUCACAGAGAAAGCUUUUUUUUGCCUGUUGUUACUGAUACUGGGUUGGCAUCUUAUGAAUGCUUUUCCGUAUGCAUUCAGAAACAGACAGUCGAAAAGAUUUUGAUACAUAUAUGUGUUAUUCCUAGGUCAUGCAAAAGAAGCAUUGUUGUCUUGUUCAUUGAAAAGUCAAAGCAUGUCACUUAAUAAAAACAGUUUCGACCAACCUCAGCGGAUGGUUCAGAUUCUAAUCUAAAUAUGUGACCUUAUAGUGUUUGAUAAAAACCUGAGUCCAAGCUGGAUACAGGAUUUCAUUCUGGUGGAUUGAGUCUGUCUCUUUGCUUUUCACAUGGACUCUUUAUUUCACAUGGUAAUGCUCACUAAACUCGAGAGUGGGUAGUUUUAUUUGGACUACUAUGAAAAGACAAAAGAAAACCUUCAGUAACCAGAUUGUGUAAUUUUUCCACAGAUUAAGAUUUUGAUUUAACAUCACAAUAAUCCUGUAUGAGCUGCUUUUCUGUAAAAGGAGAAAAGUGACUGAUGUUUGUUUUGAUGCCACUUCUCAUUUUCCCAUCAUCCCCCAGGUCCAGAAGAACAGAAAGAAGUACGAGAUGGAGUUGGAAGAGGAGGAGAAGAAAAAGCCAUCGGCCUUCCAGCGCGGUGGCCGUUCACGCCGUUCUGCUUAUGCCUUCUCUCACUCAAGGGGCUACGCCGACCUCAUCGCAUCAGGGAGGAGCAUUCGGCGGCGCCCGGCACCUCGUGGAGGACCACAGGACAGCAUCAGAGAAGCCCCGCAGAGGGAGGCUGAGAACAUCUAAGGGAGCUGAUGGGGAGAGAUGGAGUGACACGUUAGUCAGAGCAGGUGUAAAUAUUUAUGAAAGUGAGAGGAUGGCAGGGUUUCUCCUGAACGUGUUUCUGCUCCAGUCUGUGAUCCCUGACUCCUCCCCCCUUCAGUGCCUUUCCUCCGGGCACAGACUCUUGAAAAAGAUAAAGCUCACCGAAGAGAUGACCACCGUUAUCGGGGUGUGGGGUCAUACAGUGAAUGUGUGACUGAUCAUGUUGUGUAUCUCAGGAUCUUUUAUUGAUAAAAGCCUUAGUUUUAGUCCCUGUCUGACGUUCCUGCGGCUGGAUGAAAAGCUGUAAAGUUGUUUGUUUUUGACAUUUGCAGUUGAUGCCUUAAGUCUGCAGAGCACUCAAAGUGUUAAUGUAGUAAAUCCCUGUCAAUUCCUUUGUUACAUACAGCGCUAAAGCUUUGAGGUGAAAACACUAGGCCUUAACUCGACAUGUCAAGCUAUCCUCUUUUAUGAUUUUAUCGUUUAUGCUGUGAUGUUACUUUACCAGGCUAUCCAAGGUGGUCGGAUGUUACAAAUGUAUCUUAAUUUAACUUUGUCGAUAGUCUUUUGUUUUCUUCUUCUUUUGCUGUUUCAAAUGUCACAAGUGUCCUUUCAGGUGGGUGUUAUUCAAGAACCAAAGUCUUCAUUUUAAUGCAAAUCUUGAUGCUCUUAUUUGUUCUAUACCUCAUUUUUUUUAAUGUCUCUUAUGCAAAGUAAACAACUCCUUUAUGAAACCUACAAGGGAUUUUUACAGUCUUCCUUCUGCUGCAGCUUAUUAUUGUUAUUAGUCAACCAAAUUCAAAUCAAGUGCUUCUUACUUCCACCGGAACAAACCAGCAAUAAGGACUUUGUAGUUUAAUCUUCUCUCACUUGAUUCUUAACUUCUCAAGUUUUUAGCCGACAAAAAAACUUUCUUCAUGUGUGUCAAUGGUUGUUUACGACAAACCCAAAGAUGUGUCUUUUAUCCAGCCUCAUAACCAGCUUUACAAUGUCUGCACAUCAAUGCGCCAAACCUGAUGCCUUCCUGUUCUGUUACCGUAUCGCUUCAAUGCGAGUGUUACUGUAUGCAGACAAUGUCUUUUUAUUAUUGAAUGAAUGGAGAGAGUCGAUGGAGGCUGUUGUUGACUGUUCCGGCAGCAGUUUGCUCUCUGUCUUAUGAUGGUGUUAUAUCAUGUGGUUGUUAAUAAAAGCCAAGGGCAAAUUUAGCAAUCUGAAACAAGUUAUUUCACUGUGAUUGCUUGUAUUGUAUUUCUUUAUGUAAGUGAG